AUGCCACCGUCCAGUACCAUUGGUAGGUCCACGUCUAGUCAGCUGCUGGCGUACCUCGAUCAAAGUCAGGAUGACCUGCCAGUACCAGGCCCACAUGAACCCGACUGCCCACAACCAGGGAGGCCUGCGACAUUUGACUUGCCUGUGUACACCGAGACAGCACGGAUCAACUUUGUUCUGGGCACCAUGACUGCAGAAGAAUGUGCCAAUGCCAUCAACAGAACAUACGACGAAGCUGUGCAUUUUCGGCCGAAUGCCUUCGAUGUCCUCAGUGGCGGUGUGGGCAAAGAUUUUGUGAACCAGCUCAGCCAGUAUCUGCUGGUGUUUGGCAAUGCCGGUCCCUUUGAAGGCCAGGCUCUGAAAGUUGCCAUGGUGUUCCAGCUGCUACUCCUCCAGAAGCCGUUUCAAGCUGCCACCUCCUCGCAUGCCAAGUGUCUUAAGCGUCGUCUGGAGCUGUGGAGAGCAGGGGCGCUUUCAGACCUCCCGGUGAAUGUCGCACCAUACAUAACCAGCUGGAAAAGCAACAGGCGCAACGGGACAGGAUCACCAGUCACCACCGAUAAUGCCAGACGGUUUGCUUCGCUUGUGACCGACGGCAAACUGGGUGCAGCACUGCAAUAUCUGGAUGAUGACACCUCGGGAGGCAUACUUGACCUGGAUGACAGGAUUGGCGACAGGCCAGUCAGAGAUAUCCUAGUGGAAAAGCACCCCCUUGCCGAACCAACCCAACCGGCCGCCGUGCUUCCCGGCACACCUCCAGCACCACCACACCCCGUACGGUUCGAAGCACUCACUCGAGAUGUUGUUCGCCGGGCUGCACUCAGCACCCAUGGCGCAGCAGGCCCCUCUGGAGUGGAUGCCGACACAUGGAGACGAAUGUGCACCGGAUUUGGUGUUGCGUCAGACGACCUUUGUGAUGCGGUGGCCUCAUGUGCAAGGCGCUUGGCGACAUCCAUGGCAGACCCCUGGUCACUGGAAGCCCACACGUCAUGUCGCCUAAUCCCAUUGGACAAAAAACCGGGAGUCAGGCCCAUCGGCAUAGGGGAGGUUUUAAGGCGGAUUGUGGGCAAAGCCAUCCUCAGCCUUCUGCGAGACGACAUCCUGGAAGCAGCCGGCAGCCUACAGCUUUGUUCCGGUCACGAGUGUGGAGUAGAAGCCGCUAUUCAUGCCAUGAGAGAAGUUUUCGCAGAUGACGAAACGGAAGGCCUCCUUCUAGCAGACGCCUCAAACGCGUUCAAUUGCUUGAAUCGUGCUGUAUAUCUGCAGAACAUCCAGCAUCUUUGUCCAGCCAUGUCACCAGUUGUCAUCAACACUUACAGGCAACCCGCACAGCUCUUUGUCGGUGGAGAAGUCAUCCUCUCUUCCGAAGUCUCUACUGCAAAUACUGUGCAAGCCUGGUUUGCUGAUGACUCAGGAGCAGGUGGCAAGCUGAUGCCUUUGCGUGCAUGGUGGCAUAGCCUAACAGAGCAAGGUCUUGCCUACGGCUAUCAUCUCAACCCGUCCAAGUCGGUUCUCCUGGUUAAACCGGAGCAUUAUGAUCGAGCAGUGGAGAUGUUCGCCGACACUGGAGCUGCAUACGCUGCACUCACCCAAGGCCUGCAGAAUAAGUGGUCUUUCCUCUGCCGCACCACACCAACAGCUGCAGCUGCUCUGACGCCUGUGGAGAAGCUGCUAAUGGAGAGGCUCAUCCCCGCUCUUACCGGCCAUAUUGUCAACUCGGAGGAAAGGUCAAUUCUUGCGCUUCCAUGUCGUCACGGAGGGCUCGGGCUGGGCAAUCCCGUGGAUCUCGCAUCCCAGUAUGAUGCAUCGCGAAGGGUGACUGAGUCCUUGCAGACCAACAUCAAGCUGCAGACUAUGGCGCUCGGCUCUGCAACCAGUCUCGUUCGUACUGCCAAGGCGGAGGUGAGGAUAACAGCACGGAAUGCUGUCAAAGCCCACGCCCUGCUGCUCCGCUCCAGUGUGCCGGAGGCCAAGCAGCGUGUAAUCGACCUGGCUGCGGAGAAGGGCUCUUCCAGUUGGCUGACCUGCAGGCCCUUGAAGCGCCAUGGAUUUGCCCUCUCCAAAGCGGAGUUUCGCGAUGGAGUGCACCUAAGGUACAACUGGCAACCACAGCGCAUGCCAUCAGGGUGCGUUUGUGGAAGCCAGUUUACUGUGGCCCAUGCCCUCUCGUGCCCCACCGGCGGUUACCCUACCAUCAGGCAUAACGAGAUCCGCGAUGUGACCGCUGGUUUCUUGAAGCGUGUUGCCACCAACGUAUCUGUAGAGCCUCAUCUGGAGCCCCUGAGUGGGGAGCAUCUGAGCUAUCGCACCGCCAUCCGCGACGACCAGCCUCGCUUGGACGUAGCAGCAAAUGGAGUGUGGGGAGGGCGGUUCGAACGCACCUUCUUCGACGUCCGGGUGUUCAACCCUUUUGCGUCUUCGAACCAGUCCUCCUCCAUUUCUGCCACCUACGUUCGCCAGGAGAAAGCGAAGAAGAGAUCGUAUGAAGAGAGGCUGCGGGAGAUCGAGCAUGCUUCAUUUGUCCCGUUGGUCUUCUCGACAACCGGUGGCAUGGGCAAGCAAUCUGCCUCGCUUUACAAGCGAAUUGCAUCUCUCAUUGCUGAGAAAAGCGGCGAACCGUAUUCGGUUGUUAUGUCAUUCAUCCGCUGCCGCCUUAGCUUUGCGUUGCUCAGAGCGAGUGUCAUGUGCCUGCGUGGUGGUAGCCGCUCUGUUUUCGCUGUACAUGCACCUGUCUCUUCUUCUGCCUCCCUAGUUGCUGCCGAAGCUGGCACUUCCCGUCAUUAAUUUUAUAGUCUU